AUGGCCGUAUCUUUUAAUCGAUAUCUUAUUUUACCUGAAAUCGAAAAAAGUGACUUCAAAGUAACUCAAGAAAAUAAACAUAAAUACACGGAUGAAAAUACCUCAAGAAAUUUAUCUAACGAGCAGAAAACCUCCGUGAUACCGGCAACUGUACCUUUGUGUGUUCUGGGUGAUGUCCAGUUACGUUUUCUGUGUCCAGAUGAUUUGGAGGAAGUACGAGCACUCUGUCAAGAUUGGUUCCCUAUUGAUUAUCCUUAUUCAUGGUAUGAAGAUAUAACAAGUUCCUCACGGUUUUAUGCACUUGCAGCUGUGUAUGGUGGAGUAAUAAUUGGACUCAUUGUCGCGGAAAUAAAGCCUUAUGCUAAAUUGAACACAGAAGAUCGUGGUAUUUUGUGUUCAAGUUUAGGAAAUGAUUGUUUAGUUGGUUAUAUUCUUAGCUUAGGUGUCCGUCGCGCAUAUAGAAGAAAUGGGAUUGCAUCAUUAUUAUUGGAACAAUUAUUAGCACAUGUCACUGCUCCAGAACGUUCUUCCGUAAAAGCAGUCUUCCUGCAUGUAUUAUCUAGCAAUGCACCAGCUAUUUUAUUUUAUCAAAGAUGUCACUUUCGAUUACAUAGUUUUCUACCUUAUUAUUAUGUAAUUCAUGGCAAAUGUAAAGAUGGUUUUACUUAUGUUCUCUACGUCAAUGGAGGACAUGCACCACGCGGUAUUCGGGAUUGGUUGCGUCAUAUAGCCAGUGCAAUGGCUAGUCUUGGACCAUGCAGAAUACCCCGUUGGAUUUGGCAACGACUUCUUUGGGUUACUACCAUACUUUCAUAUCAUAGAUGA